UGUAUGUGGAUGAUAUUAAGAAGAAGAAGAUGAUAAAGCAGCAAUUAUAUCUGUGAUAAGAUCAUGAAGAUUGGAAGACACCCACUUCUUUACCAUUCAAUAUAGGUGGCAUCGUCUUCCUCAUGAUCAUGAUCAUCAUAACCCUCCAUCUUCAUGUGGAAAUAUAGCUAAUAUAAGCUACCCUGUUUGACUCCUAAUGGAUCCUCCAAACUAGUGGGAUCUAAGGUACAAUCUAUCAUUUACUUCUUCCUCCUCCCCCAUAAUGAAGAUUGGAAGACCCUCUUCAUCAUUCAUACGCCUAGGCUGCUUCAUCUUUCUUGUUUUGAUGGUUUUCCAUUUUCAAACUAGCUGUGCAAAAGUUUGCCCUGCAUCUUCAUGUGGAAAUAUACCCAAUAUAAGCCACCCUUUUCGACUUCAAACCGAUCCACCAAACUGCGGGAAGAAAAGGUAUGAACUAUCUUGCGAGAAUAACAACCGUUCUACUGUCUUAUACUUGCAUUUAGGAAAAUACUAUAUCCACGCAAUCAAUUACGAAAACUACACAAUCCGACUGGCUGAUGUCAAUAUUGACAAGGCUAAUUGCUCCUCGGUACCUCCUUACUCUUUGUCCAAUUAUAACUUCACUUAUGAAGAUCCAUAUUCAAUUAGGAUAAAGAGAGGCAAUGGAUCAUAUUUUGAUACGACAUAUGAGUUACUCUCGGAGGCUAUAACUUUCAUCAAGUGUGAAAAUCAAGUUGAGUCUCCUCUUUACAUACCCACUGCUCCGUGCAUUAUUAAUAGUAGUGGUGCUGCUAGCACUACUUUAUCCAAAGAGGAAUACUACUCUUAUGUGAAGGUUGGUAGAACAAAUGUGUCGGAGUUAAAAGAAUCUUGCCGUGUAGAGCUGAUGGUUAUGAUCACAUCACGGCAGCAGAGAAUUUGGGAAAACAGCAGCACCAACAUUUCCUAUGAAGACAUACACAAUCAACUGGUGUACGGCUUUGAGAUUUCAUGGUUGCCAAGUUUUGCUCACUUGGGUGAAGCUUGUUAUGUCCAUGGCUCCAACAACAUGGUCCACUGCAUUGAUUUGUUCACCUUCGGUCUUCUCCAAAUUUUCUUAUUCGUCUCCAUACCAGCAUUGAUCGCCUUGUGUUGCGGAGGAAGACUCGUACUUGUGCUUCCAUUUAUAAUUGCAUUUCUUAUUACCAAAUGGCGAAGGAGGCAUUUAUCAAUGUAUAGCAUGAUUGAAGAUUUCCUACGAACUAACGAUAACCUCAUGCCAAUAAGGUAUUCAUAUUCCAAGAUUCGGAAGAUGACUAGGGGUUUCAAAGACAAGUUAGGUGAAGGAGGCUAUGGAUCUGUCUACAAAGGAAAGCUUCGUAGUGGACGUCUAGUAGCAAUCAAGAUGUUAGAAAAAUCGAAGGCUAAUGGACAAGACUUCAUCAAUGAAGUUUCAACUGUUGGAAGGAUUCACCAUGUUAAUGUGGUGCAACUUGUUGGUUUUUGUGUCGAGGGAUCAAAGCGUGCUCUUGUUUAUGAUUUUAUGCCUAAUGGAUCUCUUGAUAAAUAUCUUUUUUCUCAAGAAGGAAUUACCUCCGUAGAUUGCAAGACAAUGUGUGAAAUUUCAUAUGGAAUAGCUUGUGGUAUUGAAUAUCUUCAUCGAGGAUGCAGCAUGCAAAUUCUGCAUUUUGACAUUAAGCCACACAACAUUCUUUUGGAUGAGAAUUUUAUUCCAAAGAUUUCUGAUUUCGGGCUUGCGAGACUAUCCCCGUUAGACAAUAACAUUGUCUCUCUUACUGGAGCAAGAGGAACCAUGGGAUACAUAGCUCCGGAGUUGUUCUACAAAAACAUUGGAGGAGUUUCUAACAAAGCUGAUGUUUAUAGUUUCGGAAUGCUAUUGAUGGAAAUGACCAGUAGAAGAAAGAAUUUGAAUGUAGCUGCAGAGCAUACAAGUCAAAUUUACUUUCCUUCAUGGGUUUAUGAUCAACUUAAAGAUGGAAAUGACUUUGAAAUGGGAGAUGCAACAGAGGAAGAAUCAAGAAUAAGAAAGAAGAUGAUUAUAGUAUCAUUGUGGUGUAUACAAAUGAAUCCAAGUGAUCGACCAACAAUGAACAAAGUCAAAGAGAUGCUUGAAGGAGAAGUUGAAAGUUUACAAAUGCCUCCAAAGCCUUUUGUGUACCCACAAGUAGAGCCUGUAAAUGAUGAAGGGCUGAAAUCAAAUUCAAGGUGCUCAGCACCAGCCUCAAAUGAUGAUUCGGAAGAGAUUACUGAGAUUAUAGAAUCAUGUUAAGAUAUUUAGUAUAAGAACAGUAUGUUUGUUGUUUUCACAUUUUCUUCGACAAGCAUAUGCUUUAUCCUUUUACUUGUACCAAAUGAAUUUUUUCUAAUCUGGAAACAGAGUAAAAUUUAGAUUACCGAAUUUUAUAGUUA